CCUCUCGUCGCGUCCAUAUCACAUACCUGCAGCUUCUGCCCACUCCUCACUCUUCCCCCCUCUCGGAAGCAAGCAAGCAAGGAGGAGGAGGAGGAGACUGCAGAAGAUGUUGGGGCGAAGCGGUGGAGCGCUGCCGCUGGCUUCCUUGAACCACAUCUCCAUCGUCUGCAGAUCGGUGGAGCGGUCGCUGGAUUUCUACCACAACGUGCUCGGCUUCCUCCCCGUCCGGAGGCCCGUAUCCUUCGACUUUGACGGUGCUUGGUUGUUUAACUACGGAAUUGGCAUCCACCUGCUGCAAUCUGAAGACCCGGAGAACAUGCCUACGAAGAGGGAAAUUAACCCCAAGGACAACCAUAUCUCCUUCCAGUGCGAGAGCUUGGCCUUGGUGGAGAAGAAGCUGAGGGAGAUGGGCAUACCUUACAUCCAGAGUCGAGUGGAGGAAGGCGGGAUCUACGUGGACCAGAUGUUUUUCCAUGAUCCCGACGGCUUCAUGAUCGAGAUCUGCAACUGCGAGAACCUCCCGGUGAUCUCCCUCUCCGGCGAGCUCAUCAUGGCCUGCAAAAGAGUGAGCCCCAUUCACCAGCAACAGCAGCAGCAGCAGCAGCAGCAGCAGCAGAUGGCGCAGUAUCUCCCACAAGCCAUUCACGUCAAGGAGGAGUCGUGUGCAUGAAGAUGGAUGAAGAUGGAUGACAGAUCUCCUCCAUCUCCUUGUGUAGCGAUCGCUAGGCUUCCUAUGUCCUUGCUGUUGUCUAUGUAGUAAUAUGCAGCAUAUGCAAGUCUGAUACAAACGCUUCCCUCUGUCAUUGAGAAUCGCGUAUGUAGUAUGAUGUUGUAGUAUCUGUACUCUCCCCACUUCUCGUCCUUUCCGCAGCGAUCGUGUUAUCAAACUAUGAAACCAGUCUCUAUGUUAGUUCUCGAUCUUGUCC